UCUGAUUGGUCGCUCCAGGUGCUGGUCAUCGAUCCAAGAUGGCGUCUUCCCUGGUGGAGCAUGUUGUCGCAGAUGCAGGAGCGUUUUUAAAGAAAGCCCCUCUCCAGGAUAUCGGCAGAAACAUCUACACACUGAAAGAUGUGGUGGACGAGAUCAGAGACAAACCCACCAGGAGGAGUCUGGCCUUCCUGCCAUACCAGCUGAACUUCAAAGAACCACAUCCUGAACACGUCAGACUGGUGACGGAGUUCUCCAAGAAGACCGGAGACUACCCGAGUCUGUCAGCCACCGACAUCAAAGUCCUGGCUCUGACCUACCAGCUGGAGCUGGAGCACGUCGGCUCCCAGCACCUGAAGAAAGAGCCAGAAGUCAAGGUAAAAGUCCAGAGCACGAAGCGCCACCCAGAGACUCCGCUUAACGUCGCAGGAUUUCACUUCCCCUCCAAGAAGCCCGUGGACAGUUUGAACGUCCGACAGACUCCAACAAAGACGGAGACGUCGUCAGACCCUGCAGCCAGUGACGAGUUUAACAGCUUCCACUUCUGGAGAGAGCCGCUGCCGUCCAUCGACAGCGACUUGCUGGAGUUACUGGAUCCGGUGGAGGUUCUGAAUUUGAGGAACAAACAGAAACCGACGACCACCUGCCAGCCGUCUUCUAGCAGUGACGAGUUUGACAGCUUUCACUUCUGGAGAGAUCCGCUGCCGUCUAUUGACAGCGACCUGCUGGAGUUACUGAAAGAGAACGGCGUCUCGCCAUCAGAGAGCCGGCUGGACGCAGCACGGCAGACAGAGGAACCAGAGGACCAAUCAGACGAGGAGGAGGAGGAGGAUGACGAUGACGGAGGUGGUUGGAUCACUCCCAGUAACAUCAAACAGGUGAAGAUGGAGUCGGCUGAUUGGACGGCUCCUGCUGAUGUCAUCGUCGGGUGUCUGACCACCGACUUCGCCAUGCAGAACGUCCUGAUUCAGAUCGGACUUCACGUUCUCUCUGUUAACGGGAUGGUGAUCAAACAGGCGAGGAACUACAUCCUGAGGUGUCACGCCUGCUUUAAGACGACGAGCAACAUGAACAAAGUGUUCUGUCCUCACUGUGGAAACAAGACGCUGAAGAAGCUGGCGGUGACGCUCAGCGAGGACGGCAGCGUGCAGAUGCAUUUCUCCAAAAACCCCAAAGUGCUGAACCCGAGAGGGCUGAGGCACUCGCUGCCUCUGCCUCAGGGAGGGAAACACGGCAACAACCCCCAGCUGGUGGAGGACCAGCGUGCCCCCCAGCAGAGACUCUCCCGCAAAGCUCGUCAGAAGACCGACGUCUUCAACCCGGACUACGUGGCCGGAGCGUCACCUUUUUGCGAGAAUGACAUCUACAGUCGAGCGGCCAACCUGCAGAUCAGAGACGGCCAGAGUGGGGGUGGAAGGAGACGAGCCAACCCCAACGCCACUCACAAGAAGUUUGUCAAGAAGAAGUGAGAGCUUUUGGAUUUGGACACAUAAAAACGCAUCAUCUGAGUUAUUUGACAUUAAAUUUAAAGGACCUUACAGAGUGUAGUCUGCUUUCCAAACUCUAGGUCAAACAUGCAGAAACAGUCCUUAAAAUACAAAACCAGCAUUUUCUCCCUCAAAAGAUUUUCAACAGACGAGACUUUGUUAAAUCAGCUUUGAAUGUUGACGUAUCAAUAUAAUGUAUCUAUAUUCUUCCCAAAUAAAUGUUAAAAUCCA